AUGGAGAAAAGGAAUCUGGAGAAAUCGGACGCCAGAGUGGAGGAGAAAGAAGAGACGGCUGUCCAGGUGAGGCCGCGGAACAGAGAACCCUCGCGGCGGUGUGGCGCUCCCCCCAGAAGAACGGCAAGAAGAGAGAAGAGCGGCGAGUCGAGUGCUUUCCUCUUGUUUCUGGUAUUAACCCAUUCAUUGACGCCACCGAUGGAGACUCCGAAGUCCUCGGUGAGGACACUCUUUGAUCCAAUGGUCGGCGAGUUUUGUGCCGACUUUGACAUCACUCGCCUCAAGGCUUUCCUUGAACCCAAGCUUAGGUAAAUGAUUUUGAAAUCUGUUGAUUCGUCAGUUUUUUUAAUUCCAAAACUUUUUCUUUGCGGAAAUCGAUUUUUUUGACUGAUAACGUGACUUCUUUUGGUUGAUUUGAUUAAAAACAUAGUGCCAUUAACAAAUCCAAACUUAAAUUUGUUAAUCCAGAUAUCGAAAUGAUGCCGCCCUGGCUCACUUCGCCUACAAAUCAAUGCCCCAAGAAACCACCGUGAACAUGUUGAUGGUCUCCAGCCAGCACAUGAACCCGAUGAGAGGCCAAGCCCAACCUGCAGACCCAUCUCUCCUUGAUUAUGAUGCUAUUGAUGCUUCCUGGAGAAGAGAUAUCGAAUUGGAAAAAGGGAUUGGCGCUUUGGACACUUCCGGGUAUAAUGGAUGCACAGAUCAAGGAUGUUCAAGCUCAGGUUUGGACACAGCUUCAGAUCAAUUCCAAAGAGAUUUACAGAUCUUGACACAGAAAAGUGUUCUUGGCGUAAGUUUGGGUUUAUUACACAUCGGACAGAAAAUUGGGGUGCUAAUUUAGUCCAAGGAUAAUUUACAAACAAAGUAUUGCGGGAGUUUGGCAUGACAACUGUAGUCGAACCAGGUCCCAUGAAGGUCCUGGUUGUAGGCCAUAUAAACACAAUCCACCUCGGGUUCAUUUGGUUGACUGGAAUCCCAGUUUAAAUAAUGAACUGGAUUAGAAUCACUCCAUUCGUAAGAUCCCUCGGUAUCUCUGACCUUGUUUAAUCCAAUCCAGAUAUUGUUUUCUAAAAAGUAUUACAAUUGCUUACGACAUUUUCCUCUUACUUUUUCGUAAUUUGUGAACAAAAUCGUUCUCGGCCAAAUCUUUGAUCGAAACUAGAUGGGCCCCCAAUUCCCUACAGAAAUUCUCGGCUGGAAUCCACAUUAAUUCCUCUUGGAACAGGCGAUACCAGUGGCCAGCAUACAUUUUCCAUCCCUGAGUAAUAUGAUCCUUGUUUGUCUUACCUCAUUUUACCUGGUUCAUGAGAUUUGAGACUGUCAGAAUCCUCAACUGCUUCUCUAGUUUGGUAUCAAAACGUGUAACAUUUUUUAAGUCUGCGGGAAUAACCGUAUCGAUGUACUGACAGUGAGCGUAGCAGGAGAGAAAUGUGAUUAGAGCGAUCAAUUUCAUCGGAAAGGAACAAAUUUUAGACUGAUAAAGUGAAAAGGCUCUCGAUUAAGUCCUGAUAAACAAAUAUUAUCACCAUAAUUUUCGAACAAAGCGAAAGUGACGUUGUCAUUUUUUCAGACAUUAUCAACUGAAGAGACCUUCCAAUAUGAAGAUCUGGCCAAAGCCCAAUUCGCCGACUUUUACCAUCAGAUUCCCAAUGUCCAGAAGACCAAGAGUCGAACACCAGAAUGGCUUUCUCCCACAAAUAUGGCCAAGGCUUUGGGAGAUCUGCAAGAUCCCUCAGAGUGCUUCAAUAAUCUCAAAGAUACUCCCCAUUCAUCCAGUUACAGUGAUCUUACUCUUUGCCAAGAACAAAAUAUGUUGGUAAAUGACGUCAAUCUGGGUGUGGAAAGAGAAGUGUCGGACGUGGAGGAAGAAGAAUUACCCGAGGAAUUCAAAGACUUUGACACUUCCACUUCUCUUAAUCUGUCGUGGAGUGAGACUUCCCAAGUUCUUAAUGAUGAACAAGUCAGGGCCGAUCUUGGAGAUGGUAUGUUUAUAUUAGAAUUCGGAAUUUCUAUGUGUAUGUUUACUAAGACGUGAUUUUUUAGCAUAUUGGCUUCACGAAUUCGAAGGUAUGGAAAUGCUGGGUGAAUUCCAAAACUAUUUCAACGAAGAUGAGGAGGAUUCUGAAUCCAGAGAAUCAAGUCCAGUUCCAGAUGUUGGUCGGGUCGAAGAGGUACAUCAGUGUGAAAUGGAGAGAGAUAUGACUCCAUCCAGUGGGUAAGUGUAUUAAUUAUUGUCCUUAUUCUUUAAGAAUUGGGUCAAUGCGUUCAUCUGGUUCUUCUCCUUCCCAAAACGACGAGGUCGGUGUAUCAGACAUCGAGAACAGACAUUAUCUCCACUCUCGAGUCUACAACAAACUCGCUCCAAUGGUCAGACACAGUCAUUCUUCUGUUUCUUCGGAGUCUUCGUUUGAUUUUGACACUGUCAGGUUUGGAAAAAAUCGACUGAACUCAAUGUUUGGACCCUCUUCCAUCCCUCGUCCGUUAUCCGCACAAAACGGAGGAAUUCAGCAAAGAAAGAGAGGGCGCCAAUCCAAAGACGAACAGCUUGCUAUGGAGAAUGCUCUGCCUGCAUCGGCCGAGGAAUUUGCGGCCAUGACUCAUAUGGAGAUCCAGAGAUUUAUGAGGGAUCCCAGCUUGACUCCACAACAAAAGGCUCUUAUCAAGAAGAUCAGAAGAAGAGGUUCGUAGUCUUUUAUAAUUAUUAGCUAGGUGGGAGUGGGAAAGGGAAGUCCCGAAUGUGGCCCGGGUUACGGUAACGAGUUCUUUGCUGGUAGUUGUAACCAGUGAAAAAUACAGAUGUCUAAUUUUUGAAUGCCAAUUAUAAUAUUGGAGCAUGUAGAAAAGUAAGCCCUCUUUUUGUGUAAAGGGCAAUACGUUGAGAUAAUUGGAAAUGAAUCGCAAAUUAUUCAUGUUGUUUUGUUUAGGGCGGAACAAGGUGGCGGCCAGAAAGUGCAGAGAACGUCGCACUGCGGAUGGGCCCAUGGAAAACGAGGUCCAACCCUCGACCUCCUCGAACAGCCUCCUCAAUGACCCCUCCAAUUUGAGCUUGUUUGACUAUUAG